CGUGGUGUGUGGUCACGUUUUCACAGUCACACUCUUGCCUUGUGAGUUUUGCUUGAUGCUGAGACUACAGACUUGUCCUUGAAGAUACCCAAACUGACUUUGCGAGAGGUAGCUCUUUCAUCAGACAUGAUUGGGAGUUUAGUUUAUGCCGUCGCUGAAUGUUUGUGAGCUUGGGUUGUUACGUAGACGUGGCGAAAUGGAGAAGAGAGCGUGGAGUCGGUGGCGGUAGCCGCCAGGAGGUUUAGAUACAAUGAUUCCCGCCUCGGUGAUUCGGCCAGGGUCUCAUCAUCCUCAUCACAGAGACCGACAUAGCUAUGGGCCCGAAGACUAUUCCGCAACUACCCAGUCAUCCACAGAAGCACAACAGAAGUAUCCCCACCAUCCACAGCGAGAUUAUUUACUAGGAAAUACAAGCAACGAUAUAAAUACGCAACAUUUCAAAUUGGAUCAAGUCUUUCUACCUACGAAUGGCGACCUGUCGCUCUGCGAGGGGGACAUUCGUGUGGUUGUCUUCCAGCAAGGCGAGAAGCGUGCUUGUCCUCAGCCGCUGUACGACACACAUCGCCCCAUCGCGCGGCCGUCGGAGGCGGCCAACCCGAAAACCCGGGCCCGCUCGUCAUCUGCAAGGAACAUUGAGAAUGAUCGUCCCAACUCGUCACGCCGCAGUAGCCUCUGCUACGCAACACCGGCUAACUCUGCCGUCACACGAAGUGCCGGGGAGCCAACUCCGUUCGCUCGGCCCACGGCCUCCUGCACCGACCCGACGUUUCGCCACAGGGCCAGCGCUGGCUCACAGUCGCAAGCCUCGCAGUCUAGCUCACAGUCCAUCGUUGAAAGUCUAGCUGCCUCUCUCUCGUCAUUCCUCACCUCUCCCAGCAAGCCUUCGUCUAACGCAUCGGAUGCGGAUCAACACGGAGGCACACAUCGAUCUGCUGGCCAGCGACCUACAUCUCCCUCUUUGUCUGUGGCCAGUCGGUGUUCAACACCUAGAAACCCAGCAACAAGCAGUACUAGCUCUAACAGCUGGUAUGAACUUCCACUGCGCGAGCCACCCAACACGCACGACACUUCUCCGGCAACCGCUGCCAAGAUCUCCGAUCACAAGCUGCUGGGUGAAAUGAUCGACUCGCUGCCGAUGCGCGGAUGUCAGGCAUCCGUCAAGAUCCACCAGUUGAAGAGCCCGUCACGCCUCAUGAUGACGUACAACUUCACGAUGUACGUUCGGAAACAAGGUCGCGGAAGCCCAACAUCGGACGAUUCCUUUUGCGUGUCGUCGUGUUCAUCGUACGGACCCGAGUCCACGACUUCUCCUCUACGAUCCUCGACCGAGUUUCUUCACAGCAGCUCCAACAUGUUCCGUUCCGCAUCGGAUCAGGCCCUGGCACACUCUGACAUGUUCUCCACGUCGAGUCACGACACGCGACGGCGCCCCUCCGCUCUGCUAACCAGCUACCGGCCGUCCAUGACAGCCAGCAGUCGCCUGGCCACCCCGGUUUCCACGCCGCAGACGAACGGUGGCGGUGCCGUUGUGGGUGGUGCGAGGUCACGAUCGAGAGCGGAGAGUGCCCGAGCUGCAACCCCCGGAGGAGCACACCUGACACCGGCGUCCAGCAUGUCCUCGGUGGGCAGCAGCGGGUACAACAGCCUGCACGAGCAGCGCAUGAGCGGAAGCGACGGCGUCUGGUCGCAGGAUGAAGAGCCUGUGCCCAUGAAAGCGUUGAGGUUUGCUGUCGUCAUCCUUAUUGAGACUCCACCUGAGAACAGCACUCUGUGUGCUUUUCUGCACACGCACUGGCCACUGUUGAUGCGGCACACGCUGCGCGUGCGUGACGGCAUUGAGUCGGCCGUCACCUCCAAGCUCUUCCUGAAGAACAGUCCGGCGUUUGUGGAGGCACAGGAAGACCUUUGUCGCAGAAUAGCCAGCCUGUGGAGUGCACCGCGAGUUGAGUCGCCCGUGUGGCUGUCCCUGUCAGCAUUCGAGUACUCUCGUCGCCAGAUCGGAUGCGGCUUUGUGCGCGAGUUUAUACGCGUAUCGAAAGAAUUCCGAACGGGAGGCCAUGACAGGUUUCUGCCAUCGGUUCUCACUGCUGUGCUAUCACACCAUGUCGGCUGGGUGGCAUCGGUACAGGACGGGUCGCUGAGACGCUCACUGACCGACUCCAAGCUGGCGUACCCCGAUGAGGGUGACAAGGACGGGAACACCGCGACGACAGCAGGCGCUGACGGCAGCACUGCGUUUGGAUACCAGCAGCCACCGACCGGGAACUGUGCAGUCGAUGCACUGCAUAGACAAAUGAGCGAGGUCCACGGUGCUCUGUGUUGGCCGCGUCACCUGGCAAGGACGGUGGUCGUCGGACAGGCUGCCGAUGCGGUGGCCGUCAUGUUGCACGUACUGACGUUCUUCAUACGCAGCAGUGACAUCAUCGACACAACAAGCGACCUGCGAAGAGAAUGCAAGGAUGCGGCUGGCAGUUUCAUGCGAUCGCGCACUCCUAUCCGCCUGGGUCCACCUCGCUGCUCAUCGCAAACCAAGCCGAUUCCACGCGACCUACCCUUCUCGGCGACCAAACAGGCAUCGGCGGUGCUGCAUCAUCGAGACGGACUGCGCUCUCCGCUGCCCGAGGAAAGCAACCUGUACCAGAGCAACCUGGACCACUUCUCGUGCGGUGAUUUCACACCUACGAACCCGGCGCUGACGGGGAGAAACCUUCACCGAGCCCGUUCCAGCGACACCACCCCGCCUGGUAGUCAUAACCUAAUGGAGGCAGUGAUUGCGUCCAGUGGGAAACGCCACAGUCAUCUAGAUCUUCACCUGCGUAACCCUGCUGCAUCGUCGUCUUCGCUGACGUCGGAGUUACGAGACUCACCCACCACGCCGCUCACCGUCAAGUCGCCCAGUCCUCCGCCGUUCCCCUCGGACCCGGCCGUGUGCGGUGAAGCAAGCGAAGCCAUAGCGAUUGGCGUGUCACCGUCAGGGACAGCUCAGCAACCCCACCAGCAGCAGCAGCAGUCGUUGCUCUCCUCCUCGCUGCAGCGACAUGAUGAAGCCAUGGCUAUGGCCAAGGAGACACUGAGUCGUGAGUCGCAUCGCCGUUGGGUCGAGUGGAUGGCAACCAUGAAGCCAGUCAACAUGUCCAGUCCUCCCGGCUCACCCACUGCCGAGCAGAGACCGUUUCCCGUCGUAAGCCCUUCUGGCAAUGUGUUCGCCCCGCUGCAUGGAAACGUUGCGCGUUCUCUGAUCGGCGGACUAUGUGCUGACUACCAGUCUGAUUUCAUCCUUCACGGAACAAGUCGGCCGCACAAUGAGGUGUUGCGCCGCGCAAACUACGACCUGAAGCUGGCCGUGCAGCAUUCGGUACUCAGCUGCCCUGUAGCCAGUGCGGUGUGCAUCAUCGCCAAUGUCGACAGAAGAUCUUGUGAGAUGCUUAGUCAGAGCCGACCCCCGCCGGAUGUGACCACCCAGCUACUCUACGGGAAACAGCUGCUGGAAUCUCAGGCUGCUGUUGAAGCUAGUGGUAUGAUUGUAAACCUUGUCAUGUCGGUCGUUGGUGUGUGGGACCUUGGCAUGUCCGAACUUAUGUGCUUGCUACAUCUGGAGGAUGGACUGCGUCAAGUGUUGAAGAAGUGCAAAAUGGCGUCUGAGUAUUUGGCCCGUCAGCCAUCCUACCAGCUGGAUCAGCGGAACCUCAAGGCUAUGUUUGGGGUUGAUGAGAGUGACAUGGAGCUGGUCAUGUCCAUCAACCGUGUACUAUGGUCUCCAGACAAAAUCUGACCAACUGCAAUCGAUGCGCUGCGUACACAUCCAAUGCACCAUCUACUGUGGAUUUCCUCCCCCAUAACGGCGGAAGUGUUUCUUUCGUGCCCCCCCCCCCCCCUCCGCCGCUAUCAGACCGUAUCCCUGUUUGGAAGCAUCGACGUGAUGUGUAGUAAUGGCACCUCAUGUUGGCAUGUCGACGGAGUGCGUCGUCCCGAGUGUGCUGCGAUGGAUGGCACUGAAUGAAGAGUCCGGCUUUCCUGUUUACUCAACUGCCUCCGUGUUUGCUGUCAGGAACCACUAAGUAAACACAUGUACGAGAACUCUUUCACAUGAUUAUGUGCUCGUCCGUUGUAGCGAGUGUCGUCUCUGUCUCCUUGUUUAUCUUGUCAAUUACUCCACCUGACCCGUAUAAGAAGCUGUUGGCAUGAAUGUUUUGCUUUAGGUUGCCAACCUUGCUAUCCUGAUCGAUAUUUAUGCUAACCCAAUCCCUCCCCAAGUUUUUUUAAUCCUUUCCGACUUUAGCCAUAAGUUAUUAAUUAAGCUAAGUGAUGAGGUUUUCUCACCAAGUAAAUAAGUUAGUGAACGUUGAAGCAGCUGCCCGCGUGGUGGAUUCUUGAUACAGUCUUGCAAGGUAGACAAUGUUUUUAUGCGGCGUAACCGUGAACAUUUCCGGAAAUGCGUUAGAGAAACCUGGCACCCGAUAAGCUCGUAAUUUCCUCGCACCUAUGUUGACUCACACACGUAUGUACAUAAGUACACAAGUACACACACAUAUACGUGCUUGCGCGCGCGCGCACAAACACACACUCUAUCUCUCUUUCUCUCUCUCUCUCUCUCUCUCUCUCUCUCUCUCUCUCUCUCUCUCUCUCUCUCUCUCUCUCUCUCUC